AUGGCCUGCUCAGAGGACCCAAAUUCAGAGACCUCCUCGCCCCUCCCUCCCUGUGAUGGUGGCUCUCUGGAAGUCCCACAGAGGAAGCCAUCUGAAGUUGAUGAAGGAUCUGUUGGGCUAACACUCCCCAAAGACUGCCCUGAUGAAGAGCCAGAUCUUGAGCCCCCGCGGUGCACUUGCCCCUCAUGUCUGACAAUGCUGACGACCUUCAUCGCAGUCUUCAUCAUUCUUUUCAUCUUCUUCGCCAUUUUAGUCAAGUUCCUGUGUUUCCCACCCAACCUGACAGACAUUGUGCAGCCAUGUGGCAUUAAAGGGAACUGCAGUGUCCCAAUGCCAGUCCUGCUGCCCAAGCAACCCAUCAACCAGACAGGCAACGCCAGUGCAGGUUGCCUAGGUCCAGUUGGUGCUGGUCGGAAAGCUUGGAGGAUUGUCGGGGGGAUGUUAGCAGAAGACAAGUGGGGCUGGCAGAGCAGUUUACACUGGAGAGGGAAACAUGUGUGCGGGGGAGCCAUCGUCACCCCACGUUGGGUUAUUACUGCAGCCCACUGCUUCAUCCAGUACAACAUGUUGCAAGAGUCAGAGUGGCAGGUGGUUGUGGACACGCUCAGUUUGACUGACACAUCAGUGGGCCAACGCUACAGAGCACUGCAGAUCCUCUAUCACCCCAGCUUCUCCGUAAACAACAACGACUAUGACCUGGGGCUACUGCGCACCGUGGCUGACAUAGACAUGGGAGGUGGGGUUCGACCAGUGUGUAUGCCCAGUCCUAGAGAGUCCUUCCUUCCUGGUGCCCCCUGUUGGGUCACUGGCUGGGGCUUCACUAAAGAAGGGGGCUCUGUAUCGUCUGAGCUGCGACAGGCUCAGGUGCAAGUGAUAGCCCAGUCCAUGUGUUCCCGCCCGAAUGUCUACGGCUCCUACCUCACUCCCAGGAUGCUUUGUGCUGGCACCAUGGAGGGAGGGGUGGACUCAUGCCAGGGAGACAGUGGAGGCCCGCUGGUGUGUGAGACAGGGAAGGGGGACUGGAGGCUGGCUGGGAUAGUGAGCUGGGGAGAUGGCUGUGGUCGGCCCAACAAACCAGGAGUCUACACCAGAGUCACCCAGCUGCUCCCCUGGAUGUACAAAUACGUAGAGAUGGACACAUUUGAAGAAUCUGGAACCCCAACAACAAUGAAUUAUACCUCUGACAGCUAGAUUUUAUUAGCAGUAAUGCGACCAAUUACAUGUAUGCAAAAUAUUAAAGAAUUAUGUAUUUUUGCUUGAC